GACCGAGAAACCCACUGCAGACUUCUUGGGCGGCAGUUUUUGUCCACUCAGCACCUUGACUUCCCAUUCCAGCUCCAUAGAGAGUUCGCCUAUAGCCUACUCUCCGUGUACCCUGCGCUCACACUGUUCUCUCAGCUCUGCUCUGGUGCCAUCAUGGACUCCUACUCGACUUCCACGGAACAAGACGUUUCAGCGCGUAUCUAAUGUGGUCCAGCUGGAGGGGCGAACAGAAGUGAACAAGCUGGAGAGGGAAAACAACUUCAGCCUGAAAACUUUUACUGUCGAAAUACAACUUUUGGGGGAGAGAACAACGCGAGACGAGGACCUCUGACGGAUCUCUAUUGGGGGUGAGUACGAUUAUAAGAGGUUAAUUUAUCACAGAGAGUGGAAAAUAUCGGCGUGUUGUUGUGUUUUUAAUCACGUGUUGGACCAAAUGGUCGAGGACCACCGAGCACAUGUGGUUAAAAGAUUCAUUCACCUCAAACUGAUCAGCUUUGGCUGGAAGAAGUAACAAGUGCAUUGACUUUAGUAGAGACAUGUGAACGAGCUUGUACUUUGUUGAACUCACUUUGGGGCUCUCUGCUCUUGUGUCGCACUCCAAAACUCACGUUUCACUCGAUUGUUCUGUAAGAACCAAUCAUUUACGUUUUAUUGAUUAUCGCGUAAUAAUAACGCAGUUAUAGAUCUGUAGCUAUACCAGCACAACAACACGUGAAUUGAAACACUCAUUACACUAGUCUAAACAUUUGUGUCUUAUUGAAAUCCAUGAAAGUAGGGACUCUUGAGUAAAUGCUUUCACUUUAUAAUACUUUAUAGGUAUUUUUGAUCAAACAAAAACAGUUUAAACAGCUAGACUUCACUGGAUUUAGUUUGUUAAAAAAUUAAAUUAUAGGUCUGUUUAAAAAGAUAAAUAAAGUUAUAAUAAAAAUAAUAAUAGUAAUAAUAAUAAUAAUACAAUUUUAUUUCAUUUCUUUGAACAUUUCUUUGAAUCAUUAGACUAUUGAAUUUCCCAAAAGAAAAAAAAUGGUCAAAUACCAGCACCAACAAACAUUUCAGAGAUCCCUAGUUAACAUCCUCCAAGAUCUAACCACAAGUUGAAGUUCAAAGAGAGCAUAAAAAAUUUUUUAAAACAGAUUUUAUGCCUAAACUUAGGAACUACCUUUGGAGCUUUCUUUUUGUCUUUGUUUAAGUUAAAGGGACAUUCCUGCGUAAAAUUAAGUUAGGGUCAAACACACCUAACACCGAGUUAGACACCUCGUCCAGGGAUGAAUAAUGCCGACCUCUUGCUUCUCUAGUUACCAACUUUAGUAACGAUUGCAAAUAGCAAUACGGAGAGCCACAUGCUCAACCAAAAAGCCACUCUAUAACCACAAAUAAUGCUCAGAACAGCACCUAACUUCAUCAACAGUACAUGUAGGGUCCUAGCCAUAGUACUAACCAACAAACAUCUUUUUAGCUUUGCCUGAUUUGUUGUUUUACACAACUCACCCACUCUCCUCCAGCAGCCGCUUGUCUGUACGGAGACAUCAGGGCAAGUCCAUCGACUGCAGCUGGGUAAUGCAGCUCAAGGAGGAACAUUUAUGAUCAUUAUUUUAUUAUUUCCUUUAAGUAAUAAUCACCAUAUUAAUCAUUUUACACUGCAGACGCGGUAGUUCUUCUGCUUCAGCAUCUUGCUCUGAUUGCAUUUCUAUGAAGAAAUUAUCAUAAAUGUUCUUCCUUGAGCUGUGUCACCCCACAGCAGUCGAUGAACUCGCCUGGAGGUCUCCGUACAAACAGGUGGCUGUUGGAAGAGAGUGGGUGAGUUGUGUGAAACAACAAAUCAGGCAUAGCUAAAAAGAUGUUUGGUGGCUAGUACUAUGGCUAGGACCCUAUAUGUACUGUUGAUGAAGUUAGGUGCUGUUCUAAGCAUUAUUUGUGGCUAUAGAGUGGCGUUUUGGUUGAGCGCAUGGCUCGGUGUAUUGCUAUCUGUUGUCGUCACUAAAGUUGGUAUAACUAGAGAAGAAAGUGGUCGGCAACAUUCAUCUCUCGACAGGGUGUCUAACUUGGUGUUAUGGUGUGUUUGACUCUAACUUAAUUUUACGCAGGAAUGUCCCUUUAAUCUAUAUGUGUAUUUUCUUUGCAAGUGAAUCAGAAAUAUUCUCUUUUUUCUGUAGUUUUGAUCAUCUGUUGGCUUGAGAGUCCUACACUGAGUGUCACAAUGGAAAAAGUCUUUAGCAGCCCUGGGACACCCAACCGGUCAACAGAGUUCACCGCCAUCUUCAACUCCAGCUGUCGCUUUGAUGAGGAGUUCAAAUACAUCCUCCUGCCUGUGUCUUACAGUCUGGUGUUUAUAGUUGGCUUUGUGCUCAACGCUGCAGCCCUGUGGCUCUUCCUGAAGAUGCGCCCCUGGAACCCAAGUACGGUGUUCAUGUUUCACCUUGCUCUGUCAGACUUUCUUUACGUCCUUUCCCUUCCAACCCUCAUCUACUACUAUGCCAACCGCAGCCACUGGCCAUUUGGAGUGGCAGCCUGCAAAGCAGUACGUUUCCUCUUCUAUGCAAACCUCUACUGCAGCAUCCUUCUUCUCACUUGCAUCAGCGUGCACCGGUACCUGGGCAUCUGCCACCCAAUAAAGACGCUGAGUCUGGUCAAGUCUCGCCAUGCUCACCUGGUGUGUGGCGUGGUGUGGGUUGUGGUGACUAUCUGCCUGAUCCCAAAUCUCAUCUUCGUCACCACAUCGAGGAGGGACAAUGAUACAAUCUGCCAUGACACCACAAGUCAGGGGGCGUUUGAGGAGUAUGUGGACUACAGCUCUGUUGUCAUGGUGCUUCUAUUUGGCAUCCCUUUCAUGGUCAUCAUGGUGUGUUACUGUUUAAUGGCGCGGGCUCUGUGCCGGCCCAAACAUGGAUUAUCUACAAGCCAGCGUGCCGCCGCCUCACGUCAAAAAUCCAUCAAGCUCAUAAUUGUUGUACUGGUGGUGUUUGCGGUAAGCUUCGUCCCUUUUCACAUCACUCGGACCCUCUACUACACCUCCCGCGUGUUACAUAUGGAUUGCCAUUUCCUCAAUAUCGUCAACUUCACGUACAAGAUCACCAGACCAUUGGCGAGCAUCAACAGCUGCAUUGAUCCAAUCCUGUAUUUCUUGGCCGGGGAUCACUACAGAUCUAAAAUGAUGUCUGUUUUAACUGGAAAAAGACAGAAUACAAGCAGCCUGACAGCUGAGCAGCCGAACAACAACCAAAACAUCGCUCUGACCUAUAAAAACUCAGCUGCUAAAGAGAGCGGAGAGAUCCAGAGAUAGCUGGAAGACUAAAUUAUUCAACAUGCAUUGAUCAUUUCUGUUCCAGGCUAAGCUAACCUUCUCAUGUUGGAUGAAAAACCACUGUUUUAAUUUUCCUUUUUUUUGCACUCAGAGAUUUCAAAGACUAUCGGUGUACUGUAUACUUACUCACUGUAUGGGUGUACUCCAUUAAAUCUUCAUCAUAUCUUUGUUUAACAAGCUUGUGUUUUGGUAACCUCACUUUUGUGGUCGUUGUGUUUGAAAGACAAAUUUUUCAGCUGGUUUUAACAAAAAAAAAUUGCACUGCAUUGUUCCUCUUUAAUGCAGUAGAUUGUGGUUGAAAGUUUAUUGCUUCAUUUUGACAUAACCAGAGCAGCGACUGGGACACAGGUGGUGCUGGCUGGCCUUCAGUUUAUUUUGAAAAUUUAGUCUGUGAAUUAAAGUUGAAGGUAAAAAGCACCGAUCUAACCAUCAAAAGAUACCAAAGCGGACUGACUGUUAGAUGAGGCCGUCCUUCCUGUUUAAUCCACAAUGCCUGAGUGUCCCCUCAGAAACUGCUGCUCCUGACUCCAGCUGUUUAUAUCCUUCAGUUUCACAGCUGCCUCUUGCUCAACGAUGAAGCCAAAAAGACUCGGAUCCGAACUAGAGAUAUCAUUUCAAACCACCCACGCUUCACUGGAAGAAGAAAAGAAUUUUAUUUCCAUUUACCUUUGGGACAGUUUCCUGGAAGUUAGAGGUCUAUUUUUCUUACUUUUGUAUCAGUAAUCUAGGCAGAAAUCUGUGAUAGUAUUGCAGGAUGUGAAAGCAGUGUUGGAGAGUUGUAUGUAAAUACUGUUGUGUAUUGGUUGCUCCACCUUUGUUUAUAAUGUCGGUGUAGGAAGCUUUGAUGGAGCAGAUGUAUUAUACAGCUCUGUUAUAUGUUUAUCUCAUGAGCCCAAACAAGAGCACUGUCUAGGAAGAAGUUUGCGUAAUUACAGUCUGAUACGAAUCACACACUGUGAUUGAGACGUACUGCCGCUUUCUGAGUUGGAGUUUAUGAACCACUUAUGCAACAAAUAAGCUGGAAGUAUGAGUUGAAACUGAAACUAAGUCAACCUGGUGUGACCUAAAUUAAGUCGAUACAGAUCAGCUAAUGUUUGGGAAGUGAAAGGAGGUCGACUCACGCUAUACAGCACUAACAUGGAUUUACAAUUCAGACUAGUGACUAUUAGGAUUUGAGUAUUUGGUCAAAACUUAGAGGGCUCCUCUUAAAAAGGAUGCCACUUAAUUUACAAAGUUAUUAACGUGACUAAAAUGAUAAAUUCCAGCAAACAAGAUUUGGGUCUUCAAUCCUGGUGUUUCCAAAGUUGCAUUGAAAUCCUAGAUCAUGCAUAAUGUCCCCUCUUUUCUGAUGUGCUUUUUUCACUAAAAACACAAACUUUUAUAGCAAUAUCCUCAAUGUUGUCUAAUAUUAUUCAAUCAAGGCUUGCCGUAUUGAGUCUUUUGCCAGUUUGAAUGGCGCUGUGAUGGGGUUAAGCAAAAUCUUUCAGGUUACAACAGGGAAAUUUACAACUUAUUCACAUUCAUACAAGCUGUAUAGGAUACUUUUACUCACUUUUUAAAAAUUCUGCAGGCAUAGAAUUGCAGCAAAUUAUAGACUUGAAUUUAAAAGUAUGUAUUAAAAUAUAGAUAUUUACAGCUUUUACCAUGAGAGGUUAUGUGUAACUCAUGAUUUCAUGUAAUAUGCAUUUUCUGUAAGUAUAAAAAUGAUCAUCCUGGUAUAAUAAGUAACAUUUUUAAGUGUUCUUGUGCGACUGAUGGAAAUCACAGCAUUCUUAACCCUGAAGAAAAGUUUGCAUGGAUGUUAAAUCUUACUUUGCAAACUCCAGGAAAAGCUCUUGACCUUGAUGGCCUGGCCUGUGCGUCUGUUUUAGGGAAAUCUUUACAACAUUUUGUUUUUCUAUGUGUAAGGUGCAUUAUGAAGUCAACUUGAGGGCUCUACUGUGUAUGAUACUCUGCAAAUGUCAUACAUAAAAUGCAGACAACUCUCUUUGUCUUGACUCUUUAUUUCAGAUUUCUACCACUAUCUUGAUGCUGCUAGCAGGGCUCCUUGUGUGAAGGGUUUUUGAGACUUCCAGCCUCAAACCUCACCCAAACUCAAAGCCUGAGAGCAGAGUCACUUACCACUGUGCCCAAAUAACUAAAGGUGGGAAACCUGAAAUAAUUUACCAAACUGUAUUUUUUCAAUAAACUGGUGUUGAAAAAAGAGAACAAAA